GUUGCAUUUGCAGAUGAUGGAGGAAAAUAUAAUCCAUUUAAUGAUUUCUACUCUCUCUUACUUACCGCACUUGUGCCAUUGGUCUCUGUGGUGCUUGAGAAGAAAACUGGCGAAGAGGAUUCUAAAAUGCAUUGGAAA